GUAAGCUCACUCGCGGUUUUCUGCUAGCGAUGCGCUCUUCUUUCACAUUAUCUUUUUUUUUUUUUCCAAGGCCGUUUCUUCAGUUGAUUUGCAACGUUCACGCGAGUUUCUCUACUCAGUGCGGCACACCCAUUAAUCCAUUAAUCCGAGCAGUCGCUGACAAACCAACGUGUGUUAGUUGCGGCAGCUGGGACGUGUCUGCACGAUGCUGGCCUCACUUUAAGAAAGUCACACUGUAAGGAGAUCCUCGCUGCUUUUCAGUAUGUUUCGAAUAACAGCUGCUUUGAGUUCCCCAAGGCAACUGAGGCGGGUGCCCCUCAGGUCUCUGUUUAUUACUCAGUGCCGUACUGCCACCAGUGACGUCCCAGUUGUGGAACGCGAGGCCCGAGAACUGCUGAUUCCCGUUCCGCAUGGGCACCUGGCUGCUAAGCAGUGGCUGCCAACGUCGGCUGAGGACCCAAGACGACGUGUUCUCCUGGUUCAUGGUUACCUGGACAAUGCUGGGAGCUUUGACCCCCUCGUGCCGUGGCUUGACCCUCGAUGGCAUGCUGUGGCCCCGGACUUAACGGGCCAUGGCCUGUCUUCACACUUACCCAAUGGGACACCGUAUAUUUCAAUGCAAUUCUGGCUCGACAUAGCACGUACAGUUGACCACCUUGGCUGGAGUCAAUUCUCCAUGAUUGGACACAGUAUAGGAGGUCAGGCGGGCUUGCACUAUGGUAACCUCUUUCCUGAUAGGGUACAAAAUUUGGUGAUGAUUGAUGCCUUGGCCCCUAUGUUUGAGCAACCUAGCAAAGUAUCGCGUAGCAUAAGAGAAAUGUUAGAGGGCACAUGGCGACUUGAUCAGAAGGAUCUCAGCAAGCCACCUGUUUACACAGAGGAAGAAGUGAUAAAGCUUUACAGGCAUAGCCUGGUUCCGGGCUACCUUCCUGACAACAUUAGAACAUUAAUGAAACGCGGUUGCAAGCCUGCUGGGGACGGUCGUUACAUCAUGACCAAGGACGCUCGGCUCAGGUACAUCCAGUGGACUCGGAUUGACAGUAGUGCUCUGAAGAAGUACUACAGUGGCUACACCAACAACCUACUGGUACUGAUGGCCAUUCCUGGCUUCGGAACGACGUCUGCAAAGCACAAGAUACUGGCCGAUGCCUGUGCAGCAAAGCUGCCGCAAGUUUCAGGUUGUUCAGGUAGAGGGCAACCACCACUGUGCACAUGACUUAUCCAGAUGCGGUUGCUAGUCACAUACGACCCUUUUUAGAUCCACUCUGAUGUGUAUAAGUAAUACAAUAGCCUUGUUUUAGUAAAACUUGUUGUUGGAGUAAUGGACGCCCUUUUCUGUUCUGUCUUAAAUUCAUCCUCGAUGGUACACGUCUAUUUUUGUAUUUCAGUAAGCCUUGUUUUCUUUCGUAUAUGCCUUAUCUUCCCAGGCAGCCAAGGUGAUAAUUUUUUUCUCGGUGUUGAAGCAUGUGUUUUACCAAUGCUACACAUUUUGAGUGAUGUCAUUUGUACCUUCAAGGUGGCUGUGUUACGUUCGCUGCAGUUAUUUGCUGAGUCUGUAAGGGCAUUUGAUAUUCUUGCAAUGACUGAAGUUCACUAUGAGUUUGAACUAAAGUGUCCCAAAUAUAAAACAAAAGCUAACAGGCAAAAUGCGCUUAUCUAGGAUGAGCACGAAUAGGUAACUCUUAUUUCGCAUGAGGUACUAUUCAUGGCCACUUUUGCAUUCCUUUUUGUGUUGUUAUACCUUUUUUUGUGCUGCUUUACUUCCUUGAGUUUAUCACAACUACUAUUCUUGAACAAAAUUAGUCAUUUUUGUGCUUUGUAUACUGAAAAUGUGGUUUGUAUAACCUUACCGCAGAAAGAACACAUCGCUUCAUUAUUGAGUGCUUAAGAAGCUUGAUCUAAGUGAUAUUCAAGGUGGAUCUUCUGGGCAUUUUCAUAGAAGGCAUGCGAAUUUAUAGGUUAAGAAUAUUGCUGAAACUCAAAUGUUCUUUCAUACCUAUGUGAUGUAGUGCAUUAAUGCUAGGCAAAGUGGAAGGCAAGCGAAAACAAGGUCUUCCGUGCACAAGAUGGUUUGGUGGUAUUCUUCGAGACACAGACAUAUGUCAGGGUGAACUUACAGAACUAGUAAUUAAUAGAUCUUAACAAUGUUAAUGCACUCACGGUGUAACCAGAAGGGGUCAGUUAUUCUAUGGCUCCUAACAACAUCAUCUUUCAUUAUAGGGAACAGAAAUUUAAUGAGAUCUUGUAGUACUGAUGCCACUGGUGAUCAGGACCACUAAAAAUGUUGCUUACACAGUUUUUCAGUGAAAACUUAGAAUAACUCGGCUUCAGUGAAGCAAUGCAUUUCAAUGUGGCAUUAUCCAUUUGAUCAAACGUUAGUGCUGCAAAAUGCAUGUUAAUGGCUCUGCAUGAACAAAUUUAUUCGGUCAUAGAAAAGUACGUUCCACUUUUAAGCCUACUGCCUUUAAUGCUCUUGGUGUCUUUGAAAGCCUCAAAAUUUUGUUUGCUUCUGCUACACUCCACUUUUUAAUGAAGGAAGGGAUGAUCUACUGCUCCAUGUCUUUAGCCUCCAAUGUGGGAGGUACUGGGUUCAAUUCCCUGUGCCGCCAUGCACCCACCGGUUUUUCUUUAUGAGGAGAGAGGUACACCAACCUGGUGCUCGGUGUUGUGGGUACUCAUUUCUCAAGGAACUGACCCUUUUCACUCACUUCUUUCGCUCCCCUUUCUCUUCCUACGACGCUGUGCUGUGCUCCUUUAUGGGUUGCAAAACAAAAUGUUUUUUUCCUCUCCUCAAACCAUCUAUACUACUGUCUUUAAACAUGUGCACUAAAGAUGCAUUCGUAAAUUAUGCAAUUGCAAAACAGCCAUUCGCACCAUAAAGGGAGGUUUGUGAACCAGACAAGACCUAAAAACAAAACACCUGUGCAGCUUCGACAUCCGUGUACCAGCUGAUCAUAACGGGAAUUUGGAUGGUGUCAGCACAGUUACAGUCUAAUGUUUAUCAGUAACCAAAGUCUAUUUUGUAUAUGAAGAUUUAGGACCUAGAAACUAGUUGUCCCUGCACCAUAACAGCCUCAAUAUUUUGAUAAAAUAUCUUGUAAUCUGCUAUGUCACCCAUACAUGCCUGUUCUGAGAUUUCGUUGGGAUAAAAUAUUUGAAAAGCUGCGAUGUGAUACAUACGUGCCUAUGUUGAUAUUUCCUCACAAAUUAAUAAAUGGAAUCUUGAGAAAAGACAAA